AUGGCGGAGAGGUUCGCGAUUGGGCUAGCCAAGACGGCGGUGGAGGGGACGCUGGUCGCUGUGAGGACGGCCAUCGCGGAAGAGCUGAGGCUCAAGGUGCAAGUUCAGCAAGACCUGGUGUUCAUCACGGGCGAGUUCCAAAUGAUGCGGUCGUUCCUCAAGGAGGCGAACAUAGAGCGUGCCAAGAAUGAAGUGGUGCGGACAUGGGUGAGGCAGCUCCGUGAGCUUGCCUUCGACGUGGAGGACUGCGCCGAGCUCAUCAUCAGCCUCAGCGCAACCAAGCCGUGUGCUUGUAUAUGGAGCUGGCGCCUGGGCCGGCAUUAUUUCCCCAUGCUACGGCUACUUCCCUUGGAUGAGGCAAUAGCCAAUAUACAGGAGCUCAAAGCCAGGGUGGUGGAUGUAAGCCAAAGAUGCACCCGCUACAACCUCCUCAGCAACUUCGACGACGCCCCUGGCUCCAAGCUGGAGGCCACCACCCCCUAUACAUUGGCAGCAGCGGCAACAUUCCAAGACCUAAUGGAGGUGUGGAAGACCAUGGGAAAGUUUGGCUAUCACAUCACUGACGAUCUGAAAAGGUUGAUUGAUUGCCAAGGCAGUUCGGCUGAACCAUGGUCCAGAAUCACGCCUCUCUCACUUUGGCCAAGUCCUCAAGCUGAUGUUGUUGGGGAACAUGGGUGCAUGAGUAUUCUGAAGAAGGCGUAUGAUGACCCAGAAAUCUACCAAGAAUUCAAGAACCGUGCCUGGGUAAAGUUGAGUACACAUCAUCCUUUCAAUCCGGUAAAGUUUCUCAACGACUUGUUGACUCAGUUUAGUACAUCUCACCAUCACCACCACCAUGAGGACAUAUCCGAGCUCAUGCUGCAAGUCAAUAAGCACAGGUAUCUCAUCGUCCUAGAGGAAGAGUUAUCCAGUGUUGCAGACUGGAAUGCCAUCAGAAAGUGUCUCCCGGACGGCAAAAAGGGCAGCCGGAUUGUUGUCUCCACCAAGCAUUUGAAAAUUGCAAUUGUCUGCACGCGGGUCCCCUACCAAGUUUCCCAACUUAUACACUUGUCUCAUGACCGAGGUCUUUAUGCCUUUUUCCCAAAGUAUUUAAUCAUGGAAAACAUAUGUCUACUCUAUGAGAGGAACUUUAAGAUAUCAGGUCGCCCUAUUCCAAAUGUUCAUUUUAAUCCAAGAGCUGGUACCUAG